UAAGAGGACGAGAGAAUUUGUGCCUCAGUCCAGAAAGAAGAUGGGUUCUACAGAAAAACUUGACUAUCCUCAAGACGUCUUACAAUACAGCAGUGGAUUUUUAGUCUCAAAGGUUAUGUUCACUGCUUGUGAGUUGGGGGUGUUUGAUCUUUUGCUGGACUCAGGGGAACCUCUGUCCAUGGAUGCCAUUGCUGCACGCUUGGGUACCAGCACCACAGGGAUGGAAAGACUGCUGGAUGCCUGUGUGGGGUUGAAGCUCUUGGCAGUAGAGCUGACAAAAGAAGGAGCCCUCUACAGAAACACAGACAUUUCCAACAUCUACCUUACAAAAUCAAGUCCCAAGUCUCAGUAUCAUAUUAUGAUGUAUUACUCCAAUACAGUCUACUUGUGUUGGCACUACCUGGCUGAUGCUGUGAGAGAAGGAAAAAACCAGUAUGAAAGAGUUUUUCACAUUUCAUCUAAAGACCCUUUUGGAGCAAUGUACAGAUCAGAAGAAGAAAUGCUGAAAUUCAUGGCUGGCCAGAACUCAGUAUGGAGCAUAUAUGGCAGGGAUGUACUUGUUGCAUUUGAUCUUUCCCUUUUCAAGCAGAUCUAUGACCUGGGAGGUGGUGGAGGAGCUUUGGCCCGGGAGUAUGUUUCUUUGUACCCAAAUUCCACUGUCACUAUUUAUGACCUGCCAAAAGUCAUACAAGUGGCCAAAGAGCAAUUUGUUCCACCUGAGGAGCAUCGUAUCACUUUCCACGAAGGAGACUUCUUUAAUGAUCCAAUUCCAGAAGCUGAACUGUAUAUUUUAUCCAAGAUAUUGCAUGAUUGGGAUGAUGACAAAUGCAAGCAGCUGCUGGCAAAUGUCUACAAAGCUUGCAAGCCUGGUGGUGGAGUGCUGCUGGUUGAAUCACUGCUGAAUGAGGAUAAAAGUGGGCCUUUAGAAACUCAACUCUAUUCGAUGAAUAUGUUGGUCCAGACAGAAGGAAAAGAGCGAACAGCAGCAGAGUACAGCAAGCUCCUUGAAGCAGCUGGCUUUGGAGAGAUUCAAGUCAAGAGGACGGGAAAACUUUAUGAUGCUGUUUUAGGAAGGAAAUAA